AUGACGAUGACCAUAGCUGCUGCUGCUGCUGCAGAUGAUGGAGAUGAUGACAAUGUUGAUGACGAUGUUGUUGAUGAUGGCGAUGAUGACGAUGUUGAUGACACUGACGAUGACGAUUUUGAUGAUGAUGAUGAUGAUGAUGACGAUGGCGAUGACGAUGUUGAUGACGAUGAUGAUGUUGCUGUUGAUGAUGAUGAUGAUGGUGAAAGUAAUGGUGGUCAUAUAAAUAAAGUAUCUGAAACUCUGAUAGAAGUACGCACCUCUUGAAAGAUUCACAAAAAUUACCCGCGUGGAGAAAUUUGGGCGUUUCCUUGGUGUUGCUGGUUAGCUAUUGUGUUGUGGUGUAGUUGCGCUCCGAUUAGUUGUUUACUUCUCCCGCAAAUUAAGCUUGGUCUCAGCAAAGCAAAGUGUGCAAUUUGAAACCGUGGCAGAGUGAGGAAAAAUCUUGCAUUUGCCCAGAAUGAAAAGGCGAUGAUUUUAUAUCUUUUUUAUGCAUAGCUUCCGUUAUAGCGAAUAUUUACAAUUACGUUGCUGAUAGAUUUUCCUUACGUGUCAAAUUCUUUCUCAAGGAGAUUAUAAACAAGGGUAUAUUAAAUAGGGGUUAGUGCCAAAUUAUUGUUUAAAAAUAUUCCGUGGCUUAUUGGCAGAUGUUCUUCACUGAAACAUGACAGUAAUUCAAGAAAUUCUUGGUCAUUAGUUUCAGAUUGAAAAACGUGUUGCCCGUCACAUCUUCAUAGAAGCGUAUUAACAGGGAGAAGAUAACUUCAGUCAGCCAACAACAUUUUUACAUCCUGUGAGAUACUUCCUUCUUGACUGUAAGUGAAAUUUCGGCUUUUUAUGUUACAACAUCAUUAAAUCCCAACUUAUCAAUUUAGUUCAUCAGUUAUUUUCAUGAUUUUAUUGUUUACCACCAGUUGAAUGAUGUUUGCGAUGAAGAUUUUACGGUUGUGAAUCUGAUGUAGACUCCAUCUAUCCUGCGGACAUUAUGAAUGAUUUUUAAAAGUUAUAACUGUCAAGUUAAGAAAUGAUUACAGCUUCGUCUUCAUUCUUCGUAAAGUAAAUCAUCGAAAAAUGCAGACUUGUUUGCAGUAAACAAGGUAGAUUAUUUUAAAAGGCGUUACCAAAGUGUAUAGUUUCUGCGAAAUAUUUAGAAUAUCUGCCUGCCGACCUUCUUUUAGUAUUCCUUCGGACAACAGAUUUAUCACUAAACCAAGUUUAAAAUCCCCUUGCACACGAGGGAAAAAUAAAAAAUAAAAUAAAAUAAUUAUCACAGUCAAGGUUUUACUAUGUGUUUCCGAGGUUACGUGACUUUUCCUUUGUUUAUCAGCAGACGACAGUGGAAUUGUGCCUAUAACUGAUGACCCUUUGAAAAUAAAGGACAAACGGUGA